GCGGCUGCAGCCCGGAGCCGAGCGGUUCGAGCGGGAGCUGCCCGGCCCGCGCUGCUGCUCGUGGCGGGCCGAGGAGACGCAGCAGCAUGGCCAGUGUGCUGUCUCGCCGCCUUGGUAAGCGGUCUCUCCUGGGAGCCCGGGUGUUGGGACCCAGUGCCUCCGAUGGGCCAUCAGGGGCCAGCUUGCCCUUGGAGCCACAGGCAGAGGUUCCGGAGGGGGCUGCUCCCCAGCCCUUCCUCGCCUCCAAGGACCCUCCGUGCCAGGAGCAGCCCAAGGAGGUCCUCAAGGCUCUGGGCACCACUGGCCUUCAGCAAGUGGCCUUUCAGCCUGGACAGAAGGUCUGUGUGUGGUACGGCGGUCAGGAGUGUACAGGCCUGGUGGAGCAGCACAGCUGGGCAGAGGACAAGGUGACGGUCUGGCUGUUGGACCAGAAGUUACAGAUCUGCUGCAGGGCGGAGGAAAUAUGGCUGGCGGAGCUGCAGGGCGUGAUGCCCCAGGUGCCACCUCCAGAGCAUGGGGCCCAGGCAAUGGCUUACAGACCUGUCUCCAGGAACAUUGAUGUCCCAAAGAGGAAGUCGGAUGCGGUGGAAAUGGACGAGAUGAUGGCGGCCAUGGUGUUGACAUCGCUGUCCUGCAGCCCGGUUGUGCAGAGUCCUCCUGGGGCCGAGGCCAACUUCUCUGCCUCCCGUGUGGUCUCGGGUGACCCGUGGAAGGAGAGCGGCGAUGUGUCAGACAGUGGCAGCAGCACCACCAGCGGGCACUGGAGCGGGAGCAGCGGCAUCUCCACCCCUUCGCCGCCGCACCCCCAGGCCAGCCCCAAGUAUUUGGGGGAUGCCUUUGGUUCUCCCCAAACUGAUCAUGGCUUUGAGACCGAUCCUGACUCUUUCCUGUUGGAUGAACCAGCUCCACGCAAAAGGAAGAACUCUGUGAAGGUGAUGUACAAGUGCCUGUGGCCCAACUGUGGCAAAGUUCUGCGCUCGAUCGUGGGCAUCAAGCGACACGUCAAAGCCCUCCACCUGGGGGACACYGUGGACUCUGACCAGUUCAAGCGGGAGGAGGAUUUCUACUACACAGAGGUGCAGAUGAAGGAGGAGUCUGCUGUGGCUGCGGCAGUCCCCUCUGCCCCUGGGACUCCCACCGCUGAGCCAGCUCCCACCCCUCGAGUGACCAGCCCAUCCCUUGCCACUCUUCCACUGCCUCUGUCCAAAGCCCAGACCUCUGGCCCGGAACACUCUGGUCUGGAGUCUCCUCUGCCCUCGGGUGCUCUCAGCAAGUCAGCUCCUGGCUCCUUCUGGCACAUUCAGGCUGACCAUGCAUACCAGGCUCUGCCAUCCUUCCAGAUCCCCGUCUCUCCCCACAUCUACACCAGCAUCAGCUGGGCUGCUGCUCCUGCCGCUGCCUCCCCACUCUCUCCGGUUCGGAGCCGGUCACUCAGCUUCAGCGAGCCGCAGCCUCCACCUGCAGCAAAGUCUCACCUGAUCGUCACCUCUCCACCCCGGGCCCAGGGCAGUGCCAGGAAAGCCCGUGGGGAGGCCAAGAAGUGCCGCAAGGUGUACGGCAUUGAGCACCGGGACCAGUGGUGCACGGCCUGCCGGUGGAAGAAGGCCUGCCAGCGCUUCCUGGACUGAGCCGCCAGCCGCUCUGCUCCGGCCCUGCCCGGCAGCCUGAUGGCAGUCGGCCUUGGGGGAGGCAGAGAGGUGCYGAGCCCGAGCGGGUGGUUCCCACUCUGUUGGCUCAAGUGUAACACUUAAAACACUUUCUCCCCCUUGUGGGAACGUUUUAUUUUUUAAAAAAAGAAGUGAAAAUAUUUUUUCCCCUAAAAUAGGAGAGAGCCAAGACUGRCGAAGGGUAUUCUGCAGCGAACCAGAGACCAAAGAAUUACUAGUCCCUCCCACCUGCCCUGCCCCGGGCACUGGUUUGUACUGGACUGUGUGUCCUGUUUCCUGCCGAGUUGGUGGAUCCUUUGUUUUCUCAACUUUUCCAGAAAGGACUGUAAGCAAGAUGAAUUUCUUUUUCCUAAAAAAUGAGGAAGUUUCUGGCUGGGGGUGACAGGAGGCAGGAGGACCACAGGUGGGGUGGGCAGCAGACGUGUGCCUCCUGGGGGUGGCUCCUCUUCCUGUCUGAACCGCUUUUGGAAGGAAGAGGAAAACCCUUCCAAGGUGACAGCAUUUGAAUCCGGGUUUCCUCUGAGGUGGGGCUGCCCCCCAACAAGAGCUACAUGACUUCUUUUCAAAGCCCAGACGAGUCUGCUUUUAAAGACGGUCCUCAAAUCGCUGAGCCCAGGCUGAUGGUUUCUGAGACGGGGCAGUUCAACACUACCUUGACCCUUCUUCUGUGUCCUGGAGGAAGUGCUAGAGGUCUCAGUGACCGGGGAACUGUCCUGGCCUGAACAAAGCCCCCUGAGGUCCUUCCGUCCCGUGGGGAAGGACAGGCCAGAACCCUUGACUCUCAUCUGGUUCAUUCGGAAGCCCUUUCUGUGGGUGGCCCUGAGAACCUCUGGAGGCGCGCUCAUCUCUGGGCUUCACCAGGGCUUUCCCCGUUUUUGCUUUGUGCGGAAGGCAGGAUGGAGAAGGUCAAGGCGAGUCCUUGUGGGAGUGAGAUUCGGGAAGUCCAAGAGGAAGGCGGGGGGGGGGAGCCGUUCCUGCCGUUUCGGCCCUUGGUGUCUCUAGAGGCUGCAGGGCCUUGGGGGAGAGGGUUGCAGAGGUCAGUCUGCCAGGCUGUUCUUGUCCAGGGCAGAGAUUGAGGGAGUUGAGUGCCAACUCAGGAUGAAUGGAGACGGAGUGGGCCAAGCCCUGACGUCGUCUGAGCCUCUCCUUCCGCCCAGCCGACUUGGCUGCCAUGCUUGUGGCCUGCUGAACAUGACCACCCGGGGACAUGAGUCCUGGACCGAUGUCCCAGGUGUCACAGGCUUAGGGAGUCCCACCAAUCCACCUCUCCYGAGCCUGCUGGUGGCUUCGCGUGGGCAAUAAAUGUCUGUUUUUCAAUCUGAGACACAUGGAGCAUCACCAAACCUGCAAACCUAAGAAUAGGGGUGUGAUGUGGUGAAGGGUGUAGUGGCCUGGGCUGAUGACAGAAGGGACAGACCCUCUUAUGCGAGAGUGUCUUUGGUGGGGGUGGGGAUAUAUUUUUAUAUUUUAGGAGAAAGAUGUAUAUGGGAUUCUGUUUCUUGGUGAAGCUUGAAACCAGGCCAGCCAGAGGUGGCCCAGGCUCUUGAGUCUCUUCGACUGCACGGAGAGUUAAGAGCUGGUGGCCUUCUUGCCUCUCUUCCCACCUUGUCCCUCUUCAGAUCUUACUGGGGAAGGGAGCACGGGGGGGGGGGGGCGUGUGGACACGUGGGGACUGUGCAGGAGGCCCCCCGUCUUAAACCCCGGCUCGCGCUGAGUCUCACCGUCAGCAGAGCUGUUUUGAUCCCUGCCUCCAUUUGGACCUUGGAGAUAAAAACUGGAUACAAAGGUGUUCUCCAUGUGAGGCCGGCUUCUCAUGCCRUGGGAACCCAAGACAGAAAAGGAGGAGAGAGAGAAGGAAUUGAUGGGACACUUUAAAAGCAGAGGUGGCUUUCUUGUUCUUGUCCUUUAUCUCCUUUCCACGCGGCCUCCCUAUUGCAUCGGCUCCUUCCCCCUUUGCGGUGGCGGGCCCCCCCGGCCCUCCGUCCACCCACUUCUCCGUCUUGUUGCUCUUAUGUUGGUUCCUGACGUGCGGCUUGUCCUUGGGGUUGCUCGGCUUGUCCUUGGGGUUGCUCCGCUUGUCUCUCCUGGGAGGGUGGGGGUGGCUGGUGAGUCCACCUGGCGAUCUCUCCCUGCUUCCCAGCCCCCUGGGCCGCAGAAUCUGGCUGGAGGAAGGUGCCGAAGGUGUGCGUUUGAAAGUAACAGGACUCAUCUGCAAAGCAGUUAUCUAAGGAAGGUGUCCAGUGACGUUCCCUGUAUUCGGGUUCUCUUUGAGGUGCCUUCAGAGCCGGGGCUGUGUUUGGAGCAGCCUCAGUGGGGCUGGGUGUCCGCCAUGUGUGUUCAGUGCAGAGUCCAGACCCUGUCUGCGGUCAGGGCAGGGCUCGGGUGGAGGGUCAAAGGACUCUCCAGUAACACAGCUUAGAGUUAACGAGGUGACUUUUAACCCCUCUCUGAAGGCCAUCGUGUAAUCUCAAACGACUUGUGAGCAGUCAGUGACUUUUUGAAGGACAGUAUCRGAUAUGGGAACUCUGUUGGAAGAAGUCUGUCCUGUUCCUUUCUGGUCAUUCCAGGUUCUGACUUCACCAGGGGUAAAAAGAAAAAAAAAAAAAAAAAAGGGAGAUAAAUCCCAUUUGUGAAUUGUUUUAUUGGCACCCCCC